AUGUUUUCUCGCGCUUUCUCUUCCUUUGCGGCCAUCUCUCCGGCUAGGCAAGCCAUGAGCCGCUUCAUCAGGAUGAAUGCCACCGACGCCAAAAGCUGCCUUGCCAAUAAGGUCGCCUUGGUCACUGCCUCCACCGAAGGAAUUGGCUUUGCAAUUGCUCGCCGCCUGGCCCAAGAUGGUGCUCGUGUGGUUCUGAGCAGCCGGAAACAAGCCAACGUGGACCGGGCCGUGGCUGAGCUGCAAAUGGAGAACCUCGGCGUGUCGGGGUUGGUGUGCCAUGUGGGCAAAGCCGAAGACAGGCAGCGCCUAAUCGAGACGGCUCUUGAGCGCCAUGGAGGGAUUGACAUUUUGGUGUCUAAUGCAGCCGUGAACCCCUAUUCUGGUCCCAUCCUUGACACACCAGGAGAGGUCUGGGACAAGAUUCUGGAUGUCAACAUCAAAGCUGCUGCCAUGCUGGUUCAAUCGGUGGUGCCUCAUAUGGAGAAAAGAGGUGGUGGUGCUAUUGUUCUGGUCUCCUCCAUUGGAGCCUAUUCCCCUCUUUCGUUGUCGGGUGCCUACAUGGUCAGCAAGACUGCUCUUCUGAGCCUCAUGUGCAACUUUGUCCCCGAAUUGAGCUCCCGAAAAAUACGCAUCAACUGCCUGGCGCCCGGCUUGAUCGAAACCAAGUUCAGCACAGUGUUAAGGAAAGAUAAAGCCACGCUGGAAAAAAUAAUGGAGUCCAUGGGGAUCCAAAGAGUUGGACAACCAUCCGACUGUUCCGGCAUCGUUUCCUUCCUUUGUUCGCCAGAUGCUGACUAUAUUACAGGAGAGACGAUAGUGGUGGCCGGAGGUGCACCGUCCCGUCUCUGAUGGGAAUUUUGGUCCUCCUGUGGACAUGGCACAUGCUUUCAUUGAGCCCUCCUGGCAUUUCAGGAAU